CAGCGAUGUCGAUUUCAGUCCACUAAUUAUGGAAGGCUUUAGUCGCUAAAAAUAUGUUACAAAAGGUUGACGUAUUCUAACAUUUCAAUGUACAGUAUUUAUUAUUUAACUUAGUGUCUGGUUGUGAUGUUUAUGUCAGCCCGAUAUGGGAAAAUUCAGUACUUACCGGUACUUAGAGUUAAAAGAUGAUAGCUCAGCGCCGAACAUCAACAUACGGAGUAACAGAUCGCUGAAGCCUCCUCGCCGUCUUAAGAAAACAUUCAUUCUACUCAUUGUAGCCGCACUAUGCAUGACAUAUUUUAUGGGUCUGUUCGCGGGCCAGACACAGUGGUUCGAUGGCCUAGCCAAGAGCCUCGGGUACGAGAGCGAGCGGCACUACUCGGUCAUCAUAGACGCUGGCUCCUCGGGCUCCAGGGUGCUCGCCUACAAGUUCCGGGUGCCUUUCACAUUGGAUCAAGGACUGGCGAAGUUGUAUAAUGUGCUUAAUGAGAUAAUUGCUAAGUACAUUCCAUUAGAUACCCGCUUUAAAAAACUGUUCGGGCAGCCUAACUUAGAUUUAGAGGAGGAAUACUUCGAGCAGUCGAAGCCGGGGCUUUCUUCCUUCGCCGACGACCCUGCUAAGGGAGCGGACACAAUAGUGCAGCUAAUCAAGAAAGCCGAGUUCCUGACGCCAUUGGAGAAGAGACGGAACACGCCGCUCAUAAUCCGAGCUACGGCCGGUUUGCGUCUAUUGCCACAGGAAAAGGCACGCAAGUUGCUUGAAGCAGUUUCAAAUGCUGUUGGCAAGUUGGGGUAUGACACGCGCGCCGGCAUCGAGAUCAUGGAUCCCGCUGAUGAGGGCAUCUUCAUCUGGUACACCAUCAACCUGCUCCAUAGGUCACCGACACAUGGACCGUUUCAUUAUAUAAUGGAGGGUGAAACGAUGGCAGCCCUAGACUUGGGUGGGGGCUCCACACAGAUCACUUACCAGCUGACUCCGCAAGACGCGUUCAAAGUCCCGAGUAAGGAUCUACACGUCGUGCCUACUAGCUCUGCCAACCUAACCGUUUACACGCACAGCUAUCUGGGCUUGGGUAUGUUAGCGGCGCGUCGAGGCAUCUUUAAAUCGGAGUCUGGCAACGAUUCUGUAGAUAUCGUCUCUUCGUGUGUAGAGCCCAUUGUUUCUGGAGAGAAGUGGACCUACGCUAACGUGGAAUACACUAUUAGCGGCGCCUCCCGCCCAGCGAACAUGAAACGAGAAGCAGCCUUCGAGCGCUGCUACAAAAUAGUCACCUCAUACGUAAAGGCCACUCUAGACUGGGAACCUAAACACCCGCCCAAAGGCAAGGUGGCCGCUAUGAGCUUCUUCUACGAAGUGGCCGCUGACGCUGGCCUUAUCGACGUAAUGAAAGGCGGCACGAUAUCUGUGUCCGCGUACCGCCAGGCGGCGCUGCGCGCGUGCGGCGCGAGCAACGUGGAGCAGCCCUUCGCCUGCAUCGACCUCAGCUUCUGUCUCGCUCUGUUACAGCAGGGCUACAAGAUCCCCGACCACUCGCCUGUGUCGCUUUUCAAGAAAGUGAACGGCCACGAAGUAUCCUGGGCGUUAGGGCUCGCGUACACUUCGGUAGUCAAUCGCCUCGCCGAGGCCAAAGUGUAAACACACCCUAGACUAGCCAAUAACCGCUGAUGUACAGUGAGUUGCAAAAGGGCAUGCAAUAUCGCAACAUUGUACACGGUACGAGAACUCGCAUGCGAGUUUCACUAUUGAGACAUUUGAUUCGUACAGAUCCUUUCACGAAAACUGGCACUAUGUAAUGGUACAAAGAAACUUUGGUUGUAUGAGACACCUAACCCUUUAGCACAACUUUCCUUGUCGCGCGCGAGUCCAUACGUCAAGCGCGACUUCAAGUGUGGACUCGCGCGGGACAAGGCAAGUUGUACUAGAGAAGCUGGCAGGCAAGCAUGGCCGUCCCUAUCACACGAUUUGUAAGUGCGAUAGGGACGGCCUGAUGUUUUCAUUUACCGACCCUGGUUAUACGCCUGGGCACGCAGCCAAAUGCACAAACGCUCACAAUAACAUCAUUAUUCUGCGUUUCGGCGUCUAUCGUCAUUGUCACGUCGGCUAGUUCGGCUGUAUCGAUAUCGAUAUACUGUCAAGAGUUGUUAAUCUGUCACACAUGCGUAUUUUCAUUCACUGUUGUGAAUUCACCUGUACUGAUAGCAUGCGAGUUUGCGCGUCUAAAUAAGCCUUAAGGCUAUAAGGGCGGGAGAACUAAAGCACAAAACAUUAUGGUGUUUAUAAUAUUUAAUGUCACCUUAUAAAAUAAUUCCAUCGGCUAGUUGCUGCCACUCGUGUACAUGGGCCAUUUUUUUUUGGAUUUGGAAAUUUUUAUCUGUUUUCCACUCAGAAUCGCGAGCUCUUUCAAUCCUAAUAGGAGAAAAAAAGUAUCCCAAGGUUUUUUUCCCAU